AUGGUUUCAAUUGUAUCAGCUUUAAUCCAAAUUCAUGAAAAAAAUAAAGAUGGUUCGGAAACAGCAAAUGGAUUUGCAAUUCGUUUUGUUAAUGAAAAAUUUAUUUUCCAAAUUGGAAUUAUGAGAAUUAUAUUAGGACAUGCUAAACUGUUUUUAAAACAAACAGAACGUCGUUCAACGACAUUUGAUAAAUUUUCAAUAUGCUUAGAUUCAACUAUUGUUCGUAUACAAAAUACAUUAAAUGAAUUUGAUUAUGAAAUUUAUAAACAAAAAGUUAAAGAAGGUCUUGAUCUUUACCAAUGA